CAUUACCUUAAACAAAACUCUAUUUUUUUUCUUCCUAUUUUGGUUUUUCUUUUUAUGUUGCAUGUCAGUGUUUCUUUUUACCAGUAUAGUAUUUAAUUACUUUUUCUUUCUGUCUUUUUGACCACAAAGUUUCUUAACCGACAAUAUAGUUACUGUCUUUUUCUUUUACUUAUAUAAAAACAUAAAUUACCUUCAUUAAUAUCAAUCAUGAACUGGUUAAACUAUUACUAUUAUUUAAGAAAAAUGACCUUAUGUUCAAAAAUGAAGAAUCAAAACUAACACUAUUAAGAUUUACUUGAUCUCAAUGCAGUGUCUCUGAAAACUCAAGAUCUCCGAAAACAUGGCAUCUUCAUGGGAACAUUUUGGGGAGAUUGCAAAUGUGGCUCAGUUAACCGGCUUAGAUGCUGUGAAGUUGAUUGGAAUGAUCGUUAAAGCUGCGAACACAGCGCGGAUGCAUAAAAAGAAUUGCAGACAGUUCGCGCAACAUCUUAGAUUAAUCGGGAACUUGCUUGAUCAGCUGAAGAUCUCGGAGCUUAAGAAGUAUCCCGAAACACGAGAGCCUCUAGAACAGCUGGAAGAUGCUUUGAGAAGGUCUUAUGUUUUGGUCAAUAGUUGUCAGGAUCGCAGCUAUCUUUAUCUGUUGGCUAUGGGAUGGAACAUUGUUUAUCAGUUCAGAAAGGCUCAGAAUGAAAUUGAUCGAUACUUGCGCCUUGUUCCUCUCAUUACUUUAGUCGAUAAUGCUCGUGUCAAUGUUCGAGUUAAGGAGAGACUAGAAGUUAUUGAAAAGGAUCAAUGUGAGUACACAUUUGAUGAUGAAGAGCAAAAGGUGCAGACUGUAUUUUUGAAACCGGAACCUGAAAAAGAGGACACUGUAGUAUUGAAGAAAACUCUUUCGUGUACUUACCCCAACUUCUCUUUCACCGAAGCACUGAAAAAAGAAAACGAAAAGCUUCAACUAGAGUUACAAUGUUCACAAGCAAAUAUGGAUAUAAAUCAAUGCGAGUUCAUUCAACGCUUAUUAGAUGUUACAGCAUUUGCUGCUUAUUCUCUUCCAGAUGAGUUAUCGCCUGAAAAUAGUGGCAAGAAAGUAGAAUACACGAACCAAAAUUAUUUUGAUGUCAACGACAGCAAAGGCCAUUCUUCUGUUGAAAAACAGCAUAAAAAAACAGCUACUCUUUCAGCAUCAAGCUCCUCAGUUUCGGAAAAGAAUUUGCUGUCAACUGGAAGUUUAUAUCAGCAAGAAGAUUGGCAUACUGAUCUACUUGCUUGUUGUUCUGAACCUUGUCUUUGUAUAAAAACAUUCUUCUUUCCAUGUGGAACAUUUUCGAAAAUUGCUACUGUUGCAACCAACAGGCCUAUAUCUUCUGCAGAAGUAUGUAAUGAAUUUCUGGUAUAUUCAUUGAUUUUAUCGUGUUGCUGCUAUACCUGUUGCAUAAGAAGAAAGCUUAGGAAGAUGAUGAAUAUUCCGGGAGGUUAUGUUGAUGAUUUUCUUUCUCAUUUGAUGUGUUGCUGUUGUGCCCUUGUGCAAGAAUGGAGAGAAAUAGAAGUGCGCGGGGUUUAUGGUCAGGAGAAGACUAACACAAGCCCACCAACCCCACAGUACAUGGAAUCUUAAAUAUUAAAUUAGGUUGUAAUUAGUUUGUUUAGAGUGUAAAUAUUAUAUCAAACAUAUAUAAUUUAAAGUUGUAUUUGAUUCUCAAACUGCAUAGUAUAGAUUACUAUUUUUCUUUUCACAAGAAUUGAGGAUC